CUCUUUUUUACAUUUAUUUAUUUAAACCCCCCUUGCUUGUUUAGAUGAUCGUCCACUUCAAUUUCUUCUUCUUCUUCCUCCAGCCAUUAAAUUUUAUCUAUCUUUCUUCCUUCCUCAGAAACAAACAAACAAACAAACAUGUGUUCUUCUAAAUCGAAACCAAUUGCCGCCCAUACUUCCAUCUCAGACGUCAUUAAUGGCCGCCCAGUACUUGAGUCAGCUGCCGGUACCGGUAACAACAACAACAACAGAUCACAGAUCUCUCUCUUAGAAAGGAGAAAGUCUCUCAAGAAAUCCUCCCCAACCGCCAUUCUCAAUAAUAACAAUCAUCCUUACAAACCUACUAAGCUACUUUCUUCUACCACCACCACCACCACCACCACCACCACCACCACACCUCCCAUCUCCCCUAAGCUCAAGUCACCCAGGCCACCCGCAAUCAAGAGAUCAGGCAAUAAUAUUAUAAUAGACCACCACUCGCCCCCCAACACCAGCCUCAAUUCCAGUACUGGGGAAAAGCAAAUAAUUACUCCUCCUCCUAGGUGCGCCCCCACUUCCAAAACAGUGAAGAAAUCGAAGCAAUGCGGCGCCGCCAACACUCUUCUUAUUAAUAAGGAUUUCGCCACAAUGCCCGGUUUAGACAUCUCCUUCUUGAUAGCAGAGGCCCCCGGAACCAUAGCCGCGGCCAGGAGGGAGCAAGUCGCUAUUAUGCAAGUGCAGAGGAAGAUGAAAACUGCCCAUUACGGAAGAACUUAUAAUAAUAAUAAGUCUGCAGCCAAAUAUUAUUUAGUCCCUUCUUCUUCUUCUCCGCCGGAGGAUUCUCAUCAUGAAACUACUACUAGUAGUAAUAAACGAUGCAGCUUUAUCACAAGCAAUUCCGAUCCCAUCUAUAUUGCCUACCAUGAUGAGGAAUGGGGAGUUCCAGUUCAUGACGAUAAAAUGCUUUUCGAAUUAUUGGUCCUGACCGCUGCCCAGUUGGGGUCCAAUUGGACUUCCGUCUUAAAGAAGCGCCAAGAUUUCAGGGAAGCAUUCUCUGGCUUUGAUGCUGAAAUUGUUUCUGCCUACUCUGAGAAGAAGAUUACAUCCAUCGUCGCCGAUUACGGCAUAGAAUUAAGCCAAGUCAGGGGAGCCGUCGACAAUGCUAACCGGAUUCUUCUCAUAAGGAAAGAAUUCGGAACAUUGGACAAAUACAUUUGGAAUUUCGUGAAUCAGAAGCCGAUGCAGACCCAAUACAAGAGCAUCAACAAGAUUCCGGUGAAGACGUCCAAGUCGGAGUCGAUGAGUAAGGAUUUGGUUCGACGAGGUUUCCGGUAUGUUGGGGCCACGGUGAUGCUGUCGUUCAUGCAGGCGGCCGGCCUUACCAAUGACCACCUGCUCGACUGCCCCCGCCACCAACAUUGUUGCUCCUUGAUCAUCACUUAAUUAAUUAAUUAAUUAAUUAAUUUGGAAAUUAAGCUAAUUAAUCAGUUAGAAGAGAAGCGGUUGAUAGUACUUUUUAACUAUUAAAUUAAUUAGCAUAUAUAAUAUAUAUAUGGGUUGACAAACACUAAAAAAAAAGAGAGACAAGUAUUAUUAUAAUGGGAUUUAGGUUUAAUACAAGUGACCUAACCAAAGAUUGUAAUUCAUUGAAUAUUUAGUAUUUAGUUAGUGGGUGUGCUAAGUUUGUGUGUGUGUGUGUGUGUGUAAGGGAUGGGAUGGGAGGGGACAGAGGGCAUGUGGGCAGCAGGAGGAAAAGGAAAAGAGAAAAAGGAAAAAAAAAAAAAAAAAAACUUCCCAUGUGGUUGGGUUUCUGUGAGGUCAGGUCACCUUAUCAUCAUAUCUCUUUCUCCACCUCUAGUCUUAAUUCAUUCCAUCCAGCCCAUUUUAUUAUUAUUAUUAGUUAACCUUUCAGUGUGUGUAUGUGUGUGUGUGAAGGUUGAAUUUCAUUUCUAGUGUGUUUUGUAUGAUAUAUAUAAUUCGGUGUGAGAUUUGGGGAAUGUAUAAAUUUGCUAUUUUGUGAAUGCAACGCAGUAAUAAUUUAUGUGAUUUUGG